AAUAUCGUGUAGGCUAAGGAUUGUUGCCCUAAUGUUUUAUUGAUAACCCACACACCGCCGUCCCCUCUUCUCUUCGUACAAAUUCAGAUAGUUUCUCUAGAGCAGAGAGAAAAAAAAACCCUAGAUUACAAAUGGCGGAGAAAGUCAUUCUCGAAUAUUUGAACUCCAAUGGAAAAAUCGAAGAUUCUGGAGUUUUCUCAGCAUCUGUUGGAUUAGAUCAUAAGGAGAUCGUUAACACCAUCAGGAGUCUUAGUGGUUUCCAACUUGUUGCUGCUGAGGACAUUAAGAAGGAGAAUUGGGUUCUCAGUAAAGAAGGUGAAUCAUAUUGUGAAUUAGGUUCCCCCGAAUUUCAAGUCUUUUUAGCUGUACCACCAGGUCCAGAAGGAAUUUCCCUUCUAGAACUCAAGAAAAAAUGUGGUCCUGAGUUGUUCAAAAUCGGUAGUUCAGCUGCCAUAAAAAACAAAUGGAUCCAAAUCGGGAAGGAGAAGGUGUUAAGAAAGGCUGAAGAUGUGAGUGAUCAACUCAAAGAAUUGCUUCUAAAAAUCAAAGAUGGCCUGGAUGUUGAACAAACUGAUAUUACAAAUCUGAAAAGGAGGAAGCUGAUUGAAUUAAAGACAUGGAUUGGGUACUCCGUAAGCAAAGGAGCUCAGUUUGCUCUCGAGCGCAAAAAACUUGUGACAGAUUUAACUCGUGGACAUCUUCAGAGCGGAGACUGGGAGAAUCUGGAGUUUAAGGAGUAUAACGUCAAUGCCAAAGUGACUCUAGACGGUGGACACCUUCACCCUUUACUGAAGGUGCGGGAGCAAUUCCGAAAUAUCUUCAUUGAAAUGGGGUUUGAGGAGAUGCCUACAAACAAUUAUGUUGAGAGCAGCUUUUGGAAUUUCGACUCACUUUUCCAACCGCAGCAGCAUCCUGCUCGUGAUUCACAUGAUACCUUCUUUCUUAACGAGCCAUCUGCUACACAGAGUCUUCCGGAAGAUUAUGUUGAGAAGGUGAAAAGUAUUCAUGAAUCUGGGGGUUAUGGAUCCAAAGGAUACGGAUAUGAUUGGAAGCGAGAGGAAGCAAAUAAAAAUGUACUCCGCACACACACAACUGCUGUUUCUGCAAGAAUGCUGUACCAGCUUGCACAGGGACCUUUUACCCCAAAGCGGUACUUUUCUAUUGAUCGUGUCUUCCGAAAUGAAGCUGUUGAUCGAACCCAUCUUGCAGAGUUCCAUCAGAUUGAAGGUGUGGUAUGUGAUCGAGGGCUCACUCUUGGUGAUUUGAUGGGAGUGUUGCGGGACUUCUUUGAGAGGCUGGGUAUGAAAAAUCUUCGUUUCAAACCCACUUACAAUCCCUAUACUGAACCCAGUAUGGAAAUUUAUAGCUAUCACGAAGGCUUCAAGAAAUGGGUGGAGGUUGGAAAUUCUGGUAUGUUCAGGCCCGAGAUGUUACGUCCUAUGGGACUCCCUGAGGAUGUUACAUGUAUUGCAUGGGGCCUUUCCCUCGAGAGACCGACAAUGAUUUUGUAUGGGAUUGAUAAUAUUCGUGAUCUCUUUGGACCCAAGGUGGAUAUUGCUCUUAUCAAGAGAAACCCCAUUUGUCGCCUUGGAAUCAACUACUAGAUUGUGUCCUUCGCCAACUCUUCCCGUGUGCUCUUUUCCCUUACUUUGUUCCCCUUGUGUUACUAGAAAUAACCCGUGUCGUAACAGCACGCGUUGUAUCGUUUGUCUUCUAUCAUGAACCUAACUAAGUUAUCUAUAAUAUGGUGGUAAUGUUCGAUAAAAAGAUUAAAAAAGAAAAGUAAUUAGCAUCUAGUGAAAAUAUGUAUCUACACAACCUAAGUUAUCUAUAAUAUGGUGGUAAUGUUCGAUAAAAA